AUGCAGGAAACUGUAGAAUCUCCUUGUGAUCAAUACGAAUUGAAAAAAAAAGAAAAAACUUCAGAAUUGAUUGCUUCUUCUGCAGUAUUACAAGAAGAUGAUGAUGAUCUUGAGGAUGAUUCAAGUGAAGAUGAAUUGGACGAUGAAAAUGAUUUAGAGGAAAUUGAUGAAGAAGACGUUACAGAAGAUGAUAUGGCUGAAAUUGAUCCUUCGAAUAUCAUAGGUGCAUCUCGAACACGUGGAAAAAGGGUGGAUUAUGUGAAAGAUGUCAUUUCUGACGAUAUACUUGAAGAUGAUGAAGAGGAUACUGAUUUUAAUGUUCCCUUAUAA